AUGUCUCGCGAGCUAACCACGACGACGGCAACGUUCUCGUCACCCUCCCCGGCGGUGCGCCGUGGCUACGGUGGUGAGGGGCUGCCGCUAGGCAAGUUGCUUGAUCCGCUUCGCUGGUACUUCAAGUGGGUGCGUGCGAAUCCGGAGAGCGCAUCAAGCCUGGAGCAGUUCUCGCGCACCCUCACCAUGCUGUGGUCUGACCCAACGAACCUGAUCACCUCGGAGGCGUGCUUUGCCCUCUGCAAGCUGCACGCCUUCUCCAACUUCGCCAUCAUCUCCGCUGGUGGUCGCCGGACGAGCAAGACGGAGCUGCUCUCCUUCGUACUGCGAGGCAUCCAAGAGGUGGAGUGCCUGAUGGAGUUGAUCCACCGCAAGUACGCCGGCCACCGUCGCACGUGGAAUGCGCUGCUCCUGCUAGAAGGCGUCAAGUGCACAUUAAAGGCAUGCGUGCACCGUCAGCUCUUCCUCGUCCCGUGGCUGUGGGAGUCCAUGAUGGUGUCGCUGCGCCGUGCCCUGCGUCACCUGACCACCCUCACGCCGCGCCGCCGUGUACGCGGCGGCGACGGCGGUGUUUCAUCAGGCUCCGGGGGCAGCGGUGCAGGCAGCUUUGCCGCGUGGAGCGCCGGCUCUGGCGCUGGCGUCGCCGGCAACUACUGUGGCCCCCUCACGCAGCUGGACUACCGUGGUGGCAACACCGACCUGUGCGGCGAGGUUGUAGGGCCGCAUAACAUGCGUCUCGUCAUCCCGCGCGUCGCCUCUGACAGGCGCCACGAGCACCGCCAUGUGUACAGGGCAGGCGCCAACCGCGCUGCCAACGACGGAGAGGACCACGUUACCUUCGCGCAGGAGGGGGGCGUGGAGGAGGAGCUGGAGGAGGCGGAGUCAAUCAGGUUCACGUGGAUUGACGUGCUCGGCUUGAUGCUGGACAUGUACCUUCUCUUGCGACCUCUUCUCCUCGUAGCGCUGGCGCGGCACGCAUUUCUGCUGCUGCCCGAGGAGACGGCCAACUCGAUCGCUCGGCUGCCACCUCCCUUAUCAAAGGAGAUGGUCGCCGCAGCUGAGGCGGCCGCCAAGGCUGCGGAAGAAGCGAAGAAGACAGGGACGCCGGUGAAGCCGACGCAGGGGCCCGAUCCGCUCGCGGCGCUCCACAAGGCAAUCUCUGCCACGCCGCAGCAGACCCUGCUGGGGAACUGGGGUGUGUGGGCUGGCGUGGCGGGCUGUGACUUCCUUGUCGCGCUGCUCGCCCGCCUCGUGCGCCGCAACCGCGUUCCCGUGGUGUACAUCAAGGACAGCGCCGAGAACGACGCCGGCAGCACGCCGGCGGCGUUGCUGGAGGGCGGUGAGGCAGUGUCAAUUCUGGCAGACGGCCUCACCGACAAUACAACAGUCACGACUGGCGUGGACGACUCGCGCGCCAUCGGCCCAGCGAUGGAGUCCACAGUCGUCUCACGUGAUCACACGCGAGUACAGCUGGCGCUGCGCAACUUCUUUUACAAUGUCAUGCGCGACCCCUUCUUUACAGCGGUCCUGAAACAGUUCAUCUAUCAUAAUUUCAUCCGCGGCUUCGUCAACCGCAUCCCCCUCCUCGGCACAUGCAUCUCCUUCUACGCCACCCAUUACCUGUCAAUGCAGUACUACAGCUUCCUGUACACCCUGAGGCAGUAA